CGCUGACCCAAUUUUUUGUUUCAUAUUUGAAAUUAACAGAGAAGAAAUACUUGAAGUUGCAAAGAGCUAUAUAUUCUGUAUCAUGGCAUCGAGAGGAAAGCCUGUAAAGAAGGAAAAACCAACCACUAAUGAAGAAUUCGAAGUUCUGGAUGUAAAAGAUGUAGGAAAAGAGGCCGAAAGUUUGUUACGCUAUGCAAAAAAAUAUAUUAGUGAAGGAUCCCAUUCAAAACAACUAGCUGUUGGCGGUGUCUCGGGGUGGGUCACUGGAUAUAUUGCCAUGAAAAUAGGGAAGACGAUUGCAACUGCAGUAGGAGGGAGCUUGAUUCUCCUUCAAAUUGCUAACCGUAAGGGUUACAUAAAUGUAAACUGGUCCAAAAUGAAUAAGGACCUGGAUAGUGCAACACAAAAACUUACACGAGGAGCAUCAGAUCCAUCAAUUCCUCAAAUGCUUGACAAGGCUGCUGAUUACCUAGAUGAACAAGCAGAAAAAGCUGGUCGAGUUCUCCGGAAAAGAACAGCAGGAAACAGCAGUUGGUACGGAAAGCUCUUCGGUAAAAAAGCUUCUGAUGGUCCCGAGGCAUUUUACAUAGGAUUUUUCGGUGGUUCCCUAGUGGGACUGGUUAUCGGUGUAAUUUUUUAGCUUUGAGCGCUCGAAAACAAUAACGUGAUCAGAAGUAUUCAAGCACUUGUAGAAAGUUGUAUUCAUGGAGAAAGUCGACAAAGGAGAAAUACAUGGCAUAAGGCAUUCG